AUUUUCCACAUUUCAAUGUCAACUGCGUCAGCCGAAUGCAAAUUUCAGACGGCACUAGAAUAGUUUGCAUAAUCCCUCUCUUCUCGUUAGUUGAACGAAGCGAGUCGGCAGUCGAGUUGUCAAGAACAACACAGACAAGAUGGGCAUGAAGAAGGAUCUUCUUCUUGUGCUUACCAUCGAAUCUGUCGUGCUCGGUGUUGUCUUGGGCUUCGUUAUUCGACCUUUCAAUCCCAGUAAUGAUACAAUCAGUCUUAUCGGAUUUCCUGGUGAAAUUUUCAUGCAAAUCGUUGAGAUGAUGAUUUUGCCAUUGAUAAUGUCUUCUGUGAUAUCUGCCUUGGCACAAGUCAGAGCUCGUGAUGCUCGUCGUAUUGGAAUUGUCACAAUUAUUUACUAUAUGAUAACUACAUUCCUGGCAACAUUUACAGGAAUAAUUUUGGUAUCUUCUAUUCACCCUGGAGACCCUGAACUGAUUCAUGAGCUUGGAGAGGGAACUUUAGAGAACACAGCUCUAUCAACGCUUGACACAUUUUUAGAUCAAAUAAGAAACAUGUUUCCUGAAAAUAUCAUCCAGGCAACAUUCCAGCAAGUUCAAACUGAAUAUAUGCCAAUCAAGCCGUCUCGUGUUCGCAAUGCGACAUCUAUGAAUAUGACAUCAGAAGUACUUCACAAACAAACACUUACAUACACAAAUGAAAUGAAUGUUCUAGGAUUGAUCGUGUUUUGCAGUGGAUUUGGAAUAAUUCUGAGUAUUCUGGGAGAUCAAGCACGUCUUAUGAUAAACUUUUUCAUUGUUCUCGACGCUAUUAUUAUGCGUUGGAUUAGUGCGCUCAUGUGGUGUUAUCCAAUUGGAAUAUUAUCACUUGUCUGUAAAAAUAUCAUUGAUAUCGAUAAUCUAACAGAAACUGCACAAGCUCUUGCCAUGUAUGUAGUUACUGUAAUCUGUGGUCUUAUGAUCCAUUCACUACUCACUCUUCCACUUUUAUAUUUUCUUGUCACCAAAAAAUCGCCAUUUGCCUUCAUGACUGGAAUGCUUCAAGCACUUGCAACUGCUUUUGGAACAGCAUCAUCCGGAGCCACGUUGCCAGUAACAUUCCGUGCGCUGGAAGAAAAUUUGAAAAUAGAUCGAAGAGUGACUCGAUUUGUACUGCCACUUGGUGCCACAAUUACAAUGGACGGAACAGCACUUUAUGAGGCUGUGGCUGUUAUUUUCAUUGCUCAAUUACAUAAUAUUAAAUUAAGUUUGAUGGAUUUAGUGACAAUCAGUAUCACAACUACAGUUGCUUCAAUUGGUUCUGGAUCAGUUCCAGCUGGUUUAGACACAAUUGUUAUUGUAUUGACAACUGUUGGAUUACCGGCAAAGGAUCUUAGUUUGUUGCUUACAGUUGAUUGGUUACUUGAUCGCAUCCGGACGUCUGUCAAUGUUCUUGGAGACAGUUUCGGUGCAGGAAUCAUUCAUCAUCUUACCCGUUCCUCAUUACUGGAAGCUGAUACCGAUGAGCUUAUUCGUCAGAUUCGUGAAGACAUUGAUAUUCUGAAUAACCCCCAUCAAGACACUCUUCCAAUUUCUCAUCAUAGUGUUCAAUCUACUAUUCAAAAUACACAGAAUGCAAUGCAGGCUCCCCAUGUCUACUCUAAAUCAGCCCGAGCGUCUUUCGCGCCAAUUCCAAACGAAGAGGAACGAAAAGCGUUGCUGAAAGAAUCGAUUGCAUUGAACAAGUCUGACACCCAUAUUGUCUAAAAUUGAAAAUUCUCAAUUAUAUUUCAUUGCCGUAAUCUCCAAAGUCUGAGUACAUGAGGUAUAUUAGAUUACGGUUGUAAUAUACUAUUUUCAUAGCAUGUUUUGUUUACUAAUUGUAUAAACAUUUCUUUCUUCAA